AAAUUAAGUGAUAAUCCUAAGGCGUAUACUGCAUCUAAUAAAAGUAAAGUAAAAGCAUUAUAACAUAUUUAAAAAGUGUAAAAAAUGAAAGCUGCAGCGAUGUCCGUGUGGGUUUUUAUUAAUCUCUUAUGUUUCGGAAUGUGCGGUUAUUUGUAUUUAAUAUGGUCACAGUAUUGGAUGAAUAUCGAAAGACAAAGACUGUUCAACAAAACGCCCAGCAAUACGCAGCGCAAUACCGGCCAAGAUAUAAGAUACCAGCAAACUUACUCUGAAAAAUAUCACACAAACUCACUAACUUAUCCAAGAGAAAAUGACAACGGACGUAAGAAUAGAAGAUCUAUAGUUGCUAUGAAGAAUAAUGGGAAAUUGUAUCAAUCUUCCGGAACACAAGUCCGACCGUCUGCAAACGUUGUGGUGAAAAGUGGAAGUCCAAGAUUUCCGAACAUACACAAGCCUAUAUUAGAGUUUGAUAGCGAUAAAUAUGUGUGUGAUGACUACUUAACAACAGAUUGUGAAACGAGGACGGCAGAAUUCAAAACUUUAUUAUUAAAAGAGUUCCAUAGGGUUUUGAUGAGUGAAAGUAAAGUUUUUACAUCAGGAUUAGAUUCUCAAAACCCUUACGAUGUACAUUUUGAAAGAGGACAGUGGAAGGAGCCAACUAAGAAGGAUAUACUUUGCGCCUUAGCGGCUGUCUCAGUUAGAACUGUUACUGCGGAGGACGAGCCUUUCAGGAGACUUAAUUAUAAAAUACCUAAGGAGCCUCUGCAACUGCAUCGUGCAUAUAACACAUGUGCUGUGGUAACUAGUGCAGGAUCAUUACUGGGAUCGCGCUUAGGCGUUUUUAUAGAUUCACAUGAUAUGGUGCUAAGGUUUAACAACGCCCCCACCGAAAAUUAUACAGAAGACGUGGGUUCAAAGACGACGUUUCGCGUCUUGAAUUCUCAGGUUGUUACGAAACCAGAAUUCAAAUUCUUGGACGAUCCCUUGUACAAAGACGUUUCAAUAUUAAUAUGGGACCCCGCAAAUUAUUCAUCAACUUUGGACGCAUGGUACCAUCAUUCCGACUUUCCUCUUUUUCCUGUCUACAAAAGAUUACUUGAAAUAAGACCAAAAGCUGACGUCCAUUUGCUACAUCCUAACGUGUUGUGGAGUUUAUGGUCGGUGCUGCAAAAUUCGUCAUCCUAUCGCCUCAGGAGAAAUCCGCCGUCUUCUGGUUUUAUUGGUGUUUGGUUCGCGCUGCACCGGUGCGGGCAGGUGCGUGUGUUCGAGUACGUGCCGUCGAGCAGAGCCACGCGGCGCUGCCACUACCACUCCCCCCGCGCAGACCCCGCCUGCACCCUCGGCGCCUGGCACCCCCUCGCGCAGGAGAAGGCCCUCGCCGAGGCGAUACGAGAUAACUCCGACAUCGACGUAUUUCAAAGAGGCUUCAUCGAUAUCCCAGGAGUUAACAAUAUCAAUUGCAAUACUUAAUUUGUUUGUUAUUAAUGCACAAGUCUUCCAAAGAGCUUUUCGCGUAUAUUGAUA